ACAGCGGCACACAAGAGGACCACUGCUGAUCCAUCACCUCUUCUCGAUUCUUCUCCUCAGGGGGGCACUGCUCCUGCCAUGUCGAUUUGGUAGACACUUACAAACGUUACUAUUUUAAGAAGACCUGCUGUGUGCGCAGUAGCAAAUGAUCGAAAAAGAGAAGGUGGGGGAGAGAGAGAGAGAGAGAGAGGCAGAGCGGAGCGUUGGUAUUUUUUUUGGUCUGUUUUCUGUACAUUGAGUGCUUUGCAUAAGAGGCUGAUGGCGCAAGGGGAGACUCAAACUCACAGCUGAUGCCAAGCUGUGCCACAGCAUCCACGUCCACAGGUUGCGGGUGAAGCAGUUUUUUUUACAGAACAGGACCAGAAAGCCAACUGCAAAAAAAUUAAAAAAUAAAUAGGCGAGACGGAGGAAGAGACGCAGACGAUGGCGACUUUCGGGAAACUCACCGACUACUUUAAUCGACGUAAGUCUCGGGAGGAGCUGAGGGUCACCAGGAGCUCACGGCGUAGCGGCAGCUACUGCUGCACUGUGGCAGAGGCCAGGUCACUUGAAAGGAAAUUGCAGAGACCAAUACUGUCCAAAUCUCGCACGCUUCCCAGCAUCCCCCAGUCCCCUCGGGUUUCCAGGUCUCAUCCCUCUGAUCUCAUUGGUGGAAGUCCUCCUCGCAGGAGGAACCCAACCACUGCCAGUAGCCACCCAAAGGCCUGCACGCUGCCCCCUGCAGGGGAACUGUGGCGCUUGGAGGAUGACAUGGAGGCCGAAGACGAGCCCGAGCGAUGCGAAGCCAGGCCUCGCUCCCAGUCACCCUUCUCCCACUUCCGGGCGCGUGCAGCAUAUCUCCGUAAGAGCAUCUCUGCAGACAACCACCUUGACAUGAGCUCAGACGACAACGGAGGGACCGUAGCGGAGGGCAAGCUGGCACGCAGCAGUAAGACCAAGCUGAAGCGGAAGUUUAGUCUGGGCUCAGUUGAUCGCAAGGAGAAUCAACACAAAAAGUUGGAGUCUGGAAUCUCCAAGUUCACCCAUCGUCUCUCCCUAAAAGAACGUCCGGCCAAAGCAGAGAAGACCGCAUCGGAGCGAUCGUAUUCCUACAGGAGACGUUCUCUCAGUGUCGAUUGGGCUGAUUCCACCAAGAUGACACAACCCAUGAGGGGGGACCAGGCCCACCAGCCGGCCCCGGCCCGCAAGUCAGCCAGCUUGUCCUCGCCAAGUGCAGCCCGCCGCCUGUACCGCAACUUGUCUGGAAAGUUCCGUGUGAGCACCAACCCCGCCGCCUUAGAGGACAGCGUGGUGUCAGGACGGGGAGGAGACAAGGAGAGACUGCGCAAAACCACCAUCUUCCAGGGUAAUGAAGCUCUGUUUGAAGCGGUGGAGCACCAGGAGUUAGACCUGGUGCAGCUACUUCUCUCCCAGUACAGCUUAGAGGAGCUGGAUCUCAACACCCCAAACAGCGAGGGCCUCUUGCCCCUCGAUAUUGCCAUCAUGACCAACAACGUGCCCAUGGCCAAGCUGCUGCUUCGUGCCGGCGCAAAAGAGAGCCCUCACUUUGUGAGUCUGGAGGGGAGAGCGGUCCAUCUGGCCACCUUGGUGCAGGAGGCUGAGCAGCGGGUGGCCGAGCUUCAGACCCAAGUCGGCAGCGAGGGCCCCGGUGAGCGUGAGGGAUCCGACCGAGAGAGGCAGCUUAAGGCCUGGGAUUGGCGUCUGCGGCUCUUCAGACGCAUGCAGACAGGCUUUGAGCACGCAAACCCUCCAGACACUCCCAGUGCGGUGCGCUUGUCUGUCAGCAGCAGCACCAGUCUAAGGGUGGAUUUCCAGGAACCGCCGUGCGUCAGUUCAGCUGUGGUUACCAAAUACAAAGUGAGCUGGAGCUCAACGCCGUCCUUCAGGUGCGUACUGGGGGAGGUGAUGGUAGAGGACAUGACUCUGCUGCAGUUUAACAUCACUGGACUCACCUCUGGGACCCCCUACUACGUCCAGGUGUCCGCCUACAACAUGAAAGGCUGGGGGCCCGCACUGGCUUCCACCCCUGCCUGCGCCGCUCCUUCCAGUUGGAGGGACAUGGACAGCCGAGCUCCGCGCCAGAGAGGCCAGAAGGAGGUUCUAGACCAGCUGCUUGCCCAAAUAAAAGAUGCCCAUCAGAGCUGCGUCUGUCACGAACAGUGCAAAGUUCCGACACAAGGCAGGAAACACUCGGUGUCCAAAAGCCUACGUCACCUCUUUCAACCCACCAGCAAAUUUGUCAAAAGCUUGAAAAGAGGAUUAUAUCUGACGUCCAUAUUCUACAGAGAUGACAGUAUCUUAGUGACCCCCGAGGACCAGAUUCCCAUCGUGGAGGUUGAGGAUUCCUACUCCAGUUCUCUGAUGCAGGACUUCCUCUGGUUUACAAAGGUGUCCUACCUGUGGGAGGAGAUUACCUGGCUGCAGCAGUACCUCAAUCCCACCCAGUCGUCUUGUUCCUGCACUCUACAGACACGCCUCAAGAUGCUACAAGCCAUCUCUCAUCUUCAGAGCAUGCUGGGAACGCAGGAUCUGGGUCAGAUGUAUUUCGAGCCCAUCAAAGACAAGCACGGAAACGCCUUACUAGUUCUCCUGAAGGAUAUGAGCACGUCUCCAAACCUCGACGGCGUGCGCUGGAUGCAGCUUUGCAAACUGCAGCUGCAACGCAAGUCUAUUUCCUCCCCAGAGGAGCCCACCGCUCUGGACAUGCUUCUCAUCACGCUGCAUGAGAAGCUUGCUUAUCAUAGAAGAAGCAGGAAGCUCUUGUCUCCUGGUUUAUACCUGGGAUAUUUGAAGCUGUGUACAUCAGUGGAGCAGAUCAGAGCGUUGGUGCCGCAGAAGCUCCCAAACGUCCUUUGUCACACCAAGAUACGAGACAACAACAACGUAUCCAGGGAAGAGUGGCAGUGGCUACAGGCCCUCAGUUCCCUGGAGGAUCCAAUGGAGACGGAUACCAGCCUGCAGAGCGGUCCACAGCACCUCCUCCGUGACCUGCGUGGGGCCAUCAAGGAUCUGAUGGCCCACAUCAAUGUCCCCGGCAACAAGGCACAGGACUUCCGAAUCUACACCCAGGAAGUGUUGGAGUUUGGUGACAAAGUGUCCUUCCUUCUUCUCCUGCCUCCUUCCGAUGAAGUGUGCACGGCUCCCGGUCAGAAUAAUCCCUACUCCCCCCGUUCUGGCUUCCUCACACUACCCCUGCAGAUCUUUGAACUGGUUCAUUUUAACGCCUAUUGCCCUGGUUUCAUCGGCCAGUACUGCCGGGUGUCCGCCCUGCUGGAGCUGGAGUCUCUCAUGUCCCAGCAGGCCAUGAGGGAGGCCUUUUCAGAAGAGGAGCUCCUUGCUGCAAAGAAGAAGCACCAGCAGCUCCAAGAUCACAUUCAGCAAAUGGAGGAGGUGUGGCGGGACGCCAGGUGGAUCAUGGAGGCCUUGCAGUACGCCCGCUACAAACAGCCAACAGGAGGUAUCUCCAUUAGUGGCUUGAUUGACUUCUCGACAGAGGUGCUGCCUGAGAAGCCUCCCUCGACAUCAUCACAGCCUGACUUCAUGCCCUCGCCGUUGCCGUCCCCAGAACCUUGCCGCAAGCACUCAGACUUUGCAGGAUUGUCAGAUGAAGAGGGCUCGUCUGAGGUCUUCCUCACCACCGACAGCGACUACGACUCCAGUCGAGCCCAGAGCCCCCGUGAGCUGGACCUGCUGCCCCCAUCGCCACUCUCCACCUCUGCGCCCCUGGAGCCCCGCGGCUUCCUGCGCAGCGACGGCAGCGGCUCAGGAAGAAGCGGACGAGGAAGCGGUGCUCUGAGGGACUCCACUCCAGACGUCUUGCAGGCAUCGGAGCCGCAGCGAGGGAGGGACCUCGUACGUUGUGGGGGUGGCAUUCAUUGCGGAGGCGAGCGGCGACGAGGGGGUCCGCCCGAGCUUUUUGACAGCGACUUCAUCCUGCCGAGCAGGCAGAUUGAGUUGUUGCACAUCACUGAGAAGCGACAGGCGUUCUGUGUGCGCACCAGCAGCCUGGAGUUCCCCUCGGCUACGUCCGUCGGCCACCAGUUGUACCCCCGCCAUGCCACUUCGCCCGCCACCUCACCCCAGCAACGCUGGCACAGGCCCUCCUCGGUGGACCGCUGCUGCUCGAGCGAACGCGGUCCGGGGCGGCGCCCGCCUGCUCGUACGCUGUCAGAGGACAGUGGCACCCAGCAGCUGUCGUCACCGGUGCCUGCUGCCCACAGGAAGGGCUCCCACGCCACGCUCAGAGUGUACCCCCAGUACCACACCGGCCUCCCCAAGGAGACCAGUGUCAAGCUCUGCGUGACGCCGUGCACGUCUGCGGGGGAGAUGGUCCAGCUGGUGGUACAGGAGAUGAACCUUGUGUCCCGGCGGAUGCUGGGUGGCGACGAUCAAGAGCAGGGUGCGGACUAUGGCCCUGAACAGUUGAAGCACUUUGGCCUGGUGCUGGUGGUGGAUGAGAGGGAAAAGUGGCUGCAGGACGACUUCUGCCCCUUGGAUCUGCAAAACCCCUGGCUGAGGGGUAAGUUGUGUGUGCGAAUUAAGGAGUACUCACCUCUUGCACUCAAACACAGCCGAGGCACCACGGUGUGACGCAGUAACGUUACUUUUAAUACAUGAAAAAAAGCUAAAGGCUGCAAUAUCUAUCCUGGCUGUCUUGGCUUCCACUGAAGACCUGCAGUGGGACUUAAAACACAUCAACGUCAACACACUGUAGCUCUAAGAUUCCAUCUUGUAGAAAUAACAAACCAGCAAAUUGGAGGUUUUAGAACUUUAAAAAAAGCAAUACUUUUAUGUUUGUCAUGAGGAGGAACAAAGCAUGUUCAUCUUCCAACAAUUGUAGUCCUGUUGAUGCUGACGCUGUGCUAAACAAGUUCAGUGUUUUUGCUGUUUUUUUAUAUUGCCCACAAUGCACCGGGAUGCUAAAAUGCUUGAAAAUUAACCCUUAAGAGAUCCUUCGAAUUCACUCACACAUUUGACCCCAAUGAUCAAAAAAUGUCAGCCUCCAAAAUGGUACCCGUGGCCCACAAUGCAUUGCACGGUCAUAUCCAAGAUUUCAUCUUCAGCGACGGAUCCAAGAUGGCAGUUUUUUGGUUUUGUUUUGGACGCUAAACCAAGGUCCAAAUUCUUGCACACAUUUUGGAUGUUAACCAAAAAUCAUGCUAACCAUGGCGGAUGUGAACCGAGGAAUUACGUAUAAUCAUAUUUUUACUCACUUUAAAUGAGUCAAACUGUUUUAAAGUAGUUUUAUACUACUUUAAAGCUACAUAAGCAAACAUUAAUUUUAUUUUCUUUAACAGAAAGGCACAUGAAUUAUUAUUAUUUUUAGGCCCUGAGAUGGAUCAAUGUAACAGUGUCACAACGGAAAUCCUUGAGCCAAUGUCACUUUCCUAGAAACUGCUGUAAAAAUAUUAUGUAUUGAUAUUUUUUUACAUUUUAAACACUUAAAAAAUGCAUUUUGAGAUGGACUUAUUAUUCUUAUAAUUUUCAGGCCCUGAGAUGGAUCCAUAAUUUCUAGUAACAAUCAUGAAUCAAAGCGAAAAAAACUCACGCUCUAGAAAAUGAAAUGUAAGUAUGAUUACAGAUUGUUGUUAUAAAGAAAAAAACAAAGUAAAGUCACAUAUGUACUUUUUAUGGAUGCACCAAUUCAUUGCUUGGCCAAUUUUGCUGCAUGCUUUGAAUGGGAAAGUCCGAAGUGAGAUAUUUGCUGCUUUGGUUUAUGUUCAGUUAAAUGUGAGAUCAGUGGAAUAUUUUUGGUCAUGAGGAACAAAUGUGUUGGUUUCUUUGUACAGAGAUGACAUAUUAAAAAAAAAAUGUAUCUAUCUCUUAAGGGUUAACUUGACAGAGGCGCUUUCUUUUCAAAGCUACAUAAUAACUUGUUUUUUUUAAAACAUGAACUAUUUAAAUGGGAGGACAUUUUUACCCAAAAACAUUCCAAACUCUGAUAUUUAUUUUGAAGACAUUUUUAAUGCUGGACUGAAAUAAUUGUAGCGGGAGUUGGAGGGGCGACGGCGGCGCCGCCCAUGGUUGCUAUGGCGACCUUGUGUUUACAAAGUUGACUUCUCUUCAAAGGUGCAUCUACUGUAUGAAAAUGUCGACUAGGUUGUGUUAGCGCUUAGCUUUUUCUUUGACUUAAUGUUGUUUAAAGUGUUUUUUUUUAUUUUAAAAAGAAAAAAAAGUGAACCAUUUCUAUAAUAGACACGCGAGAGCGUUGAAUGGAAGAGAGUGGGAAGGUGAAAAGACGAGGACCUUUUCGGUUUGUUUACAAGGAGUUGGAGGUAGACUCAUGAAGGAGACGUUGCGUCACUUUUUGUAAGAUCUAUUUUUAUUGAACAAUAAAUGACGAUGACAAAAAGUGUUGUGUUGUUCCUGUGAACGCUUCCUGUUUGAGAAUGGAGCGCCACCUGUUGUUAAACUUUAUUUGGCAGGCAUCCUUAAGUGCAUCACAUUUUCUCUGGAGCUUAUUUUGCUUGACUUUCGCUCUGUGUGACGCACUCACACAAACACACACACACACACACACACACACAUAUAUUGGAGCAUGCUCCUUGCAAUGACCUCACACACACAGUCGAUGAAAAGCGAAUGGAGGGCAGCUGCAUGCAGGUACAAAUGACCACAUGGAAUCCUCCAGAAGGACAAUGAAUGUUAGCAUUGUGCACGGACCAAUCAAGAAACCUAUUCAAAGUUU